UGUAUUUAUUGAUGCAUUGGACAAAGUAAAACCACAAUUGUUAUCAAAAAGUAUAUCUCUCUUUCUCUCAUUUUCUUGUACUUGCAUUGGAAAUAUCUUUGAAAAAGUGAUACAAAUGGAUACCAGUGAAGUCCCACAUUUGUGGGGUGAUUGUGCAGCAGUGCUGGGAUGGGAUGGUUUGUGACAUUGACUUUAAUAGCAUGAAAAUGGGUUUUGCAAUUGUGUAUCAGGCUGCAUCCCAAUACUUAGAUUCACAGUGGGUGGGGUGCGAGAGUGCUGGUUAGCAGAAAGGAAAGCUGAAUUUAGUGCUGGGGACCAAUUUGGGGUGGAAAGUUCUUCCUUUGGGAGUUCUGUGGGGAUUUGGUGUUAGCUGAGUUCAUAGUCUAAGGGUGACCCACUCCCAGCCCUCAAGAGCUGAGGUUCAGGAGGAAUCAGUGAAUAACUAAGAAGGAAGAGCUUUUGUAGGAUGAGUCACUACUUCUAUUAACACUCGGUCCAAAACAGAAGGCUAAGGAUCUACCAUGUAUUAUUUGUUCUGCUUUCUUAUUUUUAAACUUAACAUUGAAGCAUACGCUUUUUCUCUGAGGUUACAAAACCACCAUAAAUAUAGAGUGGUUUUUAUGUCUAAUAUACUGCCAUAAGAGGAUGUACUCUCAUUUACCUAGACAUUAUAGCUCCUUAUUACUAAGCAUGUAAUUAAUUUACAAUGUUUUACCUCUUAUAAAUGAUAACAUGAUAAAAAUUUUAUACUUAAAACUUUUCCAAUAUUGUUUAUAAUUUCAGUAGGAUUCCAAGAAGUUGAAUUAGUGAGACAAAGAAUGUGAACAUAUUAAGGAUAUUAAUACAGAUAGGGUUAGUAAUCCCUUAAAAGUGAUAAUCAAAUUAUUACCUUUUUGGUUUAAGUUCCAGAGGAAAAAAUGUUGCCUUUUUAAAUCUGAGGCAUGGUACUAAAGAUAAAGUUUUGAGAGGAAAGGAGUUAGGAUGGUGGCUGCACAGGUCAAGUUGAAGAGAGUAGUUUAAAAGUAUGCAUGAAAAGCAUACACUUAGAGGACUUUCUAGGGUUCGAAGAACGGCAAGUAUAUGAGCCAGAUCCCUGAUGGAAAAGAACUGGCACAGGCUAACUUGUAAUUUGAAGAGAUGUUAAUAAGAGUAUAUUUAUAAAAGUGUAGACAGCACUUAAGGAAAUCAGCAAGGGCUAAUGCAGUAGUAUCCCAGUAAUAAUCACAGCUGGAAGCUACUGAAUUAUCAUUGUGAAGAAUCCACUCCUAGAACCUAAAGAGAGCAGUUACACAGAGAAGACUGCAGAGCUGCAGAAGAAGGAGGUAGAAAGUCCUUGGCAUUUACAGGCAUGCUUCAAGUGCUUCAGUAGGGAAUUUGGGUUUGUUCUUUAUAGUCCCAGUUGGAGGCAUACUUCGAAAGCUGAAUCCACUGUCCUUCUGCUCACUCCAUGUGACAAGUCUUCUGCUACAUUAGUAAUGAAUUUGGGAUAAUGGAAGUCAUUACAUUUCUCCCACCCUCAUGUUACUCAGUAGUUCAUGUACUAAUCAUUUUAAUGCAGAUCCCUGUUCCACCGGUUUUGUUUUCCCAGCAAUGACAUUAUUCCCAGUGCUGUUGUUCCUGGUUGCUGGGCUGCUUCCAUCCUUCCCAGCAAAUGAAGAUAAGGAUCCCGCUUUUACUGCUUUGUUAACCACCCAAACACAAGUGCAAAGGGAGAUUGUAAAUAAACACAAUGAACUGAGGAGAGCAGUCUCUCCACCUGCCAGCAACAUGCUAAAGAUGGAGUGGAACAAAGAGGCUGCAGCAAAUGCCCAAAAGUGGGCAAAGCAGUGCAAUUACAGACACAGUAACCCAAAGGAUCGAAAGACUAGUCUAAAAUGUGGUGAGAAUCUCUACAUGUCAAGUGCCCCCAAUUCAUGGUCACAAGCAAUCCAAAGCUGGUUUGAUGAAUACAAGGAUUUUGACUUUGGUGUAGGGCCAAAGACUCCCAGUGCAGUGGUUGGACAUUAUACACAGGUAAAGAGAAAAAAUGAAAAACCACCUCCUUUACAAGUGCCCUAAAAAAAGGAUUCUUCAAAUUUUGACUGAUUCCAAGUUGAAUUUGGGGGAAAUUUUCAAGUGAAUAUAGAAUAGUCUGGCAUUUGGUGAGUAUUUCAGCUGUGAGCUGUCGUUUUUCAAUAGUCUGCAGGAUCAUGGUAGGGAAAUAAUCUUUGUCUAACAGUCUCAAAAAGGAAUGUACAUGGAAAUGUAAUAUUUUAAAAGUCUUUUAGUUUGAUUCAAUAAUUUAACUAAAUAAUAGCCAUAAGGUAUAGGCAAAAUAUGUCGGUAACAUUCUUCUCCAUUUUGUAUCUCCUACUAUUUGUUUUUCGGUAUUUCCUUCUUCUCUAAUGUGCUCUCGUAUGUUCACUUAUGGGUUUAUAGGUUGUUUGGUACUCUUCCUACCUCGUUGGAUGUGGAAUUGCCUACUGUCCCAAUCAAGCAGUUCUCAAAUACUACUAUGUUUGCCAAUAUUGUCCUACGUAAGUAUAUAUUUUAGAGUUUAUUGUCAAUAAUGCUAAAUACGAUUUAAUAUUUAAUAUAAAAACAAACCAAAAAGCAUAUUUCAGUAAAGGUGAAGGAGAUUAAUCUUUAGAAAUAUUUUCUAAAGUUGAGACACAUUCAAUCUACUUCACAGAAAGAUAAAGUUUUCAGUUCUAGUUCCAAGUGUUAUUGAACAGGGAGCUGUCUUUCCUCAUGCCUAAAAUAAUUUGUCUCCUCUCUCAGUUGCCUUUUCCUAUACUCAUGGUUACUUCAUGAGUACAGGUAGUGUGUAGUUGUCUAAAUAUAAUUUUAUCAGUUCAUGCUAAGUUUACGUAUGAGAAACUGAAAGCUUGACAAUUAGUCCAGGGAUAAAGUAAGGUGACAAACAAAUGAGUAAAGACCCAUUUUAGUAAUAUCAGUCCUUUCUGCUCAAAUGCUCUUACUCAGGUUUAUCAGAAAAUUUCACAUUAUACAUUAAGAAAUGAUUAAAUCUUGGACCUCAAAGACUUUUCAAGAGAUCCCCAAUAUGUUUCAAAUAGCCAAGAAAAGAUAAUAUCUUAAAUUUUUGCUUCUUGGAAUUUACCACAAAAACAUUUCAUGGAACCAUCCGUUAAGAUCAUAAUUUCUUAAUUAUCUUGGGUUUCCUGAAGAAAGUCCACUUUUUUUUCUCAAGCAAUAUAUUUCACUUACUCACACAGAAAAAAUCUGUGGAUAUAUUGAAGAUGUAUUCACAACAUAUCUAUUAGCUUUAAUUUGCUUUUAAUAUUUGAAAUUGUUCACCACUAGUGGGAGGGGCUUUCCCCAAACUCAGCUUUCUGCAUGACUUAUUUUGAGGCUGUAGAUAUGCCAGCUGAUGUAGGAUUCCAGUUUGAGAAAUAUGACCUGUAAAGUCAUUUUUCAGCAAAGAAUUAUCACUGUUAAUGCAGAAAAUUGAAAGACCCUGAGAGACUGCCCCCAAAUGCCUGGUCAUGAGAGGAGAGCAUCUUGAGUCUGCAUCUGAGUGAGAGUUGGAAGUAGUAAUGAGAGAAAGCAGGAAAAAGAGAGCUUCCAGAACACUUUGAUGUCUAUUUCACAUUUUUUUAAGUGCUCACACACCUACAGUUAUAUUCUAUGAAGGAAGGCUGAGAUUCAGCUACAUUGACUUGGACUGUUAACCUACUUAGUGCAAUUAAGACUUUGGCUUUCUUGUAUUUUCAGAUGAUAAUUACCGAUAGGAAAAUAAUCAUCAUUGAGGUACAGGCUAGUCACUGUAAGAUGAACACACAGAGGAGAUUAAUAUUAAUUAAAUCUUUUUUUCCCCUAACAUUCCCAUUCUUGGCAAACAUAAACAUCUCAUACACACCACCUUUAGACAUUCCCAAACCUUCCCGAGCACAAUACCCUUUCACAAACAUACAGCAAAAACCAUGUGAAAAUCACCACCCCACCUAAAAGCCAAAAUUUAUGCUGAAACUGUACUUACCCUUCUUCGUAUUAUAGAAAUUAUGGUAUUUUUUAUUUUUAAUUAUAAGCUACAUUUAACAUUAAAUGUUAUUUUUCAUAUUGCAACCUUCUGUGCUUCAGGAACUUUUCUUAUCUCCCUGGGGGAUAUGUUUUAACCCUUGCCAGAACCUUGUAGUACAUCAUCUUAGCAAUUUGACCAAGUCUAUUGGGAGAUGAAGUGUGUUGCCAUAUCAAAAUACGCUCUAAAACCUUUAGACUUUAAUUAUCCUGUUUCAGUUUCUCAGGUUGCGAGACUAUGGUCAGGAAAGUGAAUGAAUGUGUGAAUUAUUCUCUUAAUUUGCAUUAUUGUCUGAAUAUCCUCUGAGAAUAUUAUAUUUUUAAUUAUUUGACAUAAUUAAAAACAUUUAAUAAAUACCCAGUAUAUUUGGUGACUGAUACUAACCUUGGAACAUAAACUAAACAGAAAAAUGAAAAAUAUUUGACAUUUUUUAUUUCAAAUUUCAGUGGUAAUUGGGUUAACAGACUAUAUGUCCCUUAUGAACAAGGAGCACCUUGCGCCAGUUGCCCAAAUAACUGUGACGAUGGACUAUGCAGUAAGUUUGAAGUGAUUAACUUGAUAAUAAAAUAAAAUGAUCUGACAUUUCUUCUAAGAAUUGGGAACUCUGAAGACAACCAACUUAAGCAAUGCUUUCAAGCAAAGGACAAAAAAAAAAAAUCUGUCUGGCUCUGUCACCCAGGCUGGAGUGCAGUUGCGCCA